CCCCCCGGCUGCCAUCCCCCCGGCCGCUGCAUUUGCCCUGUCAGUGAGGAGACCACUGUGUGGAUGCCUGCACGACUGGACUAACAGGUCACCCGCUCGCUCGAUGGGGAUUAACGUCGGACCCCCUGUGCGUGUCACCCUCCCACCUCUCUGCAGCAAGAAAGACAACUUUAGCACCUCUUCAGUAAUCAUGAUGAAACUGGUAUUAACUGAAUGGCAAUUAUGGAUUUUUAACUCUAACUCGCAGUAAACCAGCAAGCCACAUGCGUGAGACCCAACCCAAACCCACUCCGUGUUGCCACGCGCCUGCGACGUUUGAGCAGGCCAAGAGACCGGCUCGUCCAGAGAGGAUUCCACGCGUGCCCUCGCCUGCCCCCUGGGGAACACCACCGGAGCAGGGGGAGAAGCCGGUUUAAUUUAUCCACACAGAUAGACCGUAGUCCUAUUUAUAUAGGUAGAGCAAAGAUAUAUAUAUAUCUAUAUAUACGUACACACACACAUUUAUUUUCCUGGUGGGGAUGAGAAUGGCCCCGCAGAAUGCCGACCCAGAAUCUAUGCAAGUUCAGGAGCUGCCGGCGCCCCUGCCGGACCUGCGGAAGGCUGCCGGCAAGGAGGCCGAGCCCCGUGACGAGACAGCCAGCGACGGCUCCGUUGACCGCAUCCCCGUGCGCCUCUGGGUGAUGCACGGUGCCGUGAUGUUCGGCCGCGAGUUCUGCUACGCCAUGGAGACAGCCCUGGUCACGCCCAUCCUGCUGCAGAUCGGCCUCCCGGAGCAGUACUACAGCCUGACCUGGUUCCUGAGCCCCAUCCUCGGCCUCAUUUUCACACCCCUCAUCGGCUCUGCCAGUGACCGCUGCACGCUGAGCUGGGGCCGCCGCCGGCCCUUCAUCCUGGCCCUGUGCAUCGGUGUCCUCUUCGGCGUGGCCCUCUUCCUCAAUGGCUCGGCCAUAGGUCUGGCCCUCGGUGACAUCCCCAGCCGGCAGUCCAUCGGCAUCGUCCUCACGGUCCUGGGGGUGGUGGUCCUGGACUUCAGUGCAGACGCCACGGAAGGGCCCAUCCGCGCCUACCUGCUGGAUGUGGUGGACAGUGAGGAGCAGGACAUGGCCCUCAACAUCCACGCCUUCUCUGCUGGCCUCGGGGGCGCCAUCGGCUACGUGCUGGGCGGCCUAGACUGGACGCAGACCUUCCUGGGCGCCUGGUUCCGGACCCAGAACCAGGUGCUGUUCUUCUUCGCGGCCAUUGUCUUCUCGGCCUCCGUGGGCCUGCACCUCUUCAGCAUCGAGGAGGAGCAGUACAGCCCCCAGCAAGAGCACAGCCCCGAGGAGGCCAAGGCCCUGCCUCCCCGCGCCGGCCCGUCAGACAGCGGCCACCGCGGUGGCACCCUCUUCCCAGACGAGGUGCAGUCCGAGCACGAGCUGGCCCUGGACUACCUCGAAGUGGACAUCGUGCGCAGCAAGAGCGACUCGGUGCUGCACGUGCCUGACGCCACCGUGGAGGUGGAGUCUGAGCUGCUCUUCCUGCAGGACAUCGAGCCCUCCAUCUUCCACGACGCCUCUGUCCCCAGCACGCCGCACAGCGCCGGCACCAGCCAGGAGCUCACCCAGGCCAGGCCGCCCCGCCCGGCCUCCUUGCUCAGGGACGGUCCCCGGGAGGACACCGUGCUGCUCGGCCCCCGCGCGGACGAGGCCAAGGUCCCCAACGGCAGCGGCUCUCCGCUGAGGGGUGGCUUCGGCAGCUACGCCCCUAUCGACCUGAAGCCCUCGACGGCGCCCGGCUCCGUGCGGCGGCGGCGGCACGUGUUCCGCCGGCAGGCCUCCAGCACCUUCUCCUACUUCGGCAAGGUCGGCUCCCACCGCUACCGCUUCCGGCGGGCCAACGCCGUGGUGCUUAUCAAGCCCUCCCGCAGCAUGAACGACCUCUACGACCUGCAGCAGCGGCAGCGGCAGCGGGGCCGCCGCCGCCACCCGAGCGGGGCCACCACGUCCAGCGGGGACACGGAGAGCGAGGAGGGCGAGGGCGAGACCACCGUGCGGCUGCUCUGGCUGUCCAUGCUGAAGAUGCCAGCCGAGCUCACGCGCCUGUGCCUCUGCCACCUGCUCACCUGGUUCUCCGUCAUCGCCGAGGCCGUCUUCUACACCGACUUCAUGGGCCAGGUCAUCUUCGAGGGCGACCCCAAGGCGCCCUCGAACUCGACGUCCCUACAAGCCUACAACGAUGGCGUGAAGAUGGGCUGCUGGGGCCUGGUCAUUUAUGCUGCCACUGGGGCCAUUUGCUCAGCUCUGCUACAGAAGUACCUGGACAACUACGACCUGAGCAUCAGAGUGAUCUACGUGCUGGGGACGCUGGGCUUCUCCAUGGGCACCGCCGUGAUGGCCAUGUUCGCCAACGUCUACGUGGCCAUGGUCAUGAUCAGCACCAUGGGCAUCGUCUCCAUGAGCAUCUCCUACUGCCCCUACGCCCUGCUGGGCCAGUACCACGAGACCAAGCAGUACGUCCACCACAGCCCCGGGAACUCAAAGCGAGGGUUUGGCAUCGACUGCGCCAUCCUGUCCUGCCAGGUGUACAUCUCCCAGAUCCUGGUGGCCUCGGCCCUCGGGGGCGUGGUGGAUGCCGUGGGCACCGUCCGAGUCAUCCCCGUGGUGGCCUCCGUUGGCUCCUUCCUGGGCUUCCUGGCGGCCACAUUCCUGGUCAUCUACCCCGACACUGCUCAGGAGGGGCAGGAAGGGCUGACGACUCAGCCGGCCAGCGAUGACCCUGCCAAGCCCACUGUCCUGAAGCUCUCUCGGAAGGGGGGCCCCCAAGGGCCAGUGGAGACCGAGUCCAUGGUCUGAUGGCUCCCUGCACACAUUCCGGGGGGCAGUGGGCAGGUGCCGAGGCCACUGAGCAGACAACGCCGUGCAGGUGCAGUGGCCGCGCAUAGUUGUAGGGUAGGGUAGGUUUGCUCCACUAGGCAAAAAUGCCCCCCUAAGCCCCCCUCCCAACAAUUUAAAACAAAAUCAUUUGAAAUAUUUUUUAAUUGAAAAAGACCUUUUAAUUUCAGCCCCGGCCUUCUACCCUGCAGGCGUGUUAUUCUGCAUGUUUUAGGGCAGCUUAGGUUGGCAUUGCAGGCAAUGAGAGCUUGGGAGAGAGGACACCUGUGCAUUCCCCGCGACAGCGCCACCCCAGAACGCCCAACUCCCUCCACCGCGCCCGGACGACAGGCCUGGCCGGCCUGGCUGAGGACCCCGCUGGGACACGCAGGCGGGGCGGGCAGAGGAGACUGGCCCUGUCCUCCCCAGUAGGCUGGCUGCUUCUGCCACAACCCUCGGCACUUGCCCCAUUGGAGGGGCUUUUUGUUUUCGGUUAUUUGUGGGGAAAGAAUGUUUUUCCUUUGAUGGUUUGACACGCUGGGCUGCCCUCUUGAAGCGGACACCAAAGUUAGGGCAGGCAGAUGCCAGGAAAGGGGGGUGCCAACAGACUGGCCCACCUCUGCACCCACUCCCUGGAUCCAGGAAGAGACCCUGGUCGCCUGCCACCUGUAAUGAGGGGAGCCGGCUUCCGGCCCAGCACGGCCCUUGGACCGACAGACCGCGUGUCACUAAGGCCUACCUCAGGGUGGGGACAGCCGGCCAGGGCAGGGGCUCUCCCGCAACAGGGAGCAGGCACGGGCAGCCCCCUGGCACUGCCCUGCGGAGAGUUUCCUGCCCCUGGUCCGUGUGGGGCCCACCUGGACUUGGCGGGGGCACUGGCGCCACCUGCCGCCGCCACGUGGAACUGUCUACGAGCCUGUUCGGAGCAGGGGUGCUCCCCCUGCCGGCGCCAGGCCGCCAGCACAUCCUGCCGCUGCUGCCAGUCGCUGUUUUUCACACCAGUGCUGAGUGCAUGAGGAUCAUGCUGCAAUACGACCAUCCUGAAGCAAAUAUAUAUAUAUAUUUCAAGAUGAAACAAAGCUGUUUUUAAAUAAAUUACUUGAAUCGUC